AGGUUAAUAGACAAAACCAAAGUAACCUGUGUCCGAUGGAUACCAGGCUCUCCCAACCAGUUCCUGGCUGCCCACAGCAGUGGACACAUGUACACAUACAAUGAGGAACUACUGUGUGGUGUUGACAGACCUCACUACCAGCUCUUCAAACAGGGCGAGGGAUACUCCGUCUAUACAUGCAAAACCAAAAGUACUAGAAACCCUCUUUAUAGAUGGGUGAUUGGUGAGGGAAGCAUCAAUGAGUUUGCCUUCUCACCGUGCUCAAAAUACUUGGCUGUGGUGUCCCAGGAUGGAUACUUGAAAGUCUUUAACUUUGAUACUAUGGACCUAGUGGGUAGUGCCAGAAGUUACUAUGGGGGUUUAUUAUGUGUUUGUUGGUCACCUGAUGGUCGUUACAUUGUCUCGGGCGGUGAGGAUGACCUCAUAACUAUCUGGUCAUUUCAUGAAAAAAGAGUUGUGGCCAGAGGACAAGGACAUAAAAGCUGGGUCACUGUGGUUGCGUUUGAUUCCUUUACAACCUUAUAUAGUGAUAUGGAUAGUUUAGAUAUGUGUAAUGAAGACACUGUCAACACUGUCAAACACAAUAGCAUUGGCAAUGAUGUGAGGGGUAGUAAAGCAAAUAAUAGUGCACCAAAUUCCAGGCCGAAUUCAAACAGAAACUCUUUAGCCUCAGAAGGACUGGGGUUAACUGUAACUAGUUAUAGGCUUGGUUCAGUUGGUCAAGACACUUUGCUAUGUUUAUGGGACCUCAAGGAUGACGUUUUAACGCAACCAUACUUGCGGCCAAGAUCAAGCACAGUCGUAAGUAGCAGUGGAGGGGGGAGUGUAAGUGGGGGAACAGGUAUACCUCAAACAGGACAACCUACAGCAAAUGCCAAGUGCAACAAUGUAAAAGAGUCUUCUGUUGGUAGUGAUUCUUCUCAUCACUCCCACUCAACUAAUUCCCUCACGGCCAAAUUGGCAAACCUCAACUUUGGUGAAAAAAAGGACAAAGAAAAAGGAGAAAAAGACCAUAAACGAAGCCUAAGUUUAGCAUCGAAAAAUCCUACGCAAAAUUGUAAAGGUUCUGUAAAUAAAAAUCAAGUAGGAGGAUCAACUAUGCCACCUGAGGAAAACUUCCGGCCCAUGGGCACAUCCCUCUGUCCACGUUUAGAUGAGUGCCCAGUGCUAGAACCCAUGAUUUGCAAAAAAAUUGGUCAUGAACGUCUCUCUGGGCUCAUCUUUAGAGAAGACUGCCUCAUUACCUCCUGUCAGGAUGGCUGUGUGCUCACCUGGUGUCGGCCGGGCAAACAGCCUGGCAGCAACCAGCACUCUACACCCAGUCCAACAACUGCUGUGGCCAUGGGUGGAGGUCCCAUAGCCUCGGGUGGAACAGUAGUGUAGCCUCAGGAAGUGGUGGCAGUUGUCACAGAUCUCUGGACAAGUGCUACAACAUUGUGGUCAUCAUCCCGGACUUCUGGUGUGGGUGUGUUGCCGUGAUACUAUAAUGUUAUUGAGUGUGUCUGUCUUUACUGGUGGGAUGGGGUGGGAUAUUGUAAUGGCCAGUCAGUUUGAAGGUGGUUAUAUAUUGUACUCUGUGAGUUGUUCAGAGGGCUUGAUACUUCCUCCCCAAGUCAUUGUUACUGAUGUCUGAAGAUUUCACAGCCUGUACUGACUGAACAUGGGAAUUGAGAGGGUGUAACAGUGAAGCCAGUUACAGUUACUGAAAUGUGUCUUGAUUUGCCAUUGAUAGGUGCCUAAGCUAUUGCAUUAACCUUUUCAAGCCCAUCUCUCCUGCUCCUGAAAUAAGUCAUUUCAAAUAAUUCUUUGGAUUUUGGGAAUACGGAUUUAAAAUUCUAUUCUAUGUGUUAUUAUUAUUAUUUUUUUUGAAUUUUGAUGUUUGUGCAUAACUGACAGGUAUUGUCUUCACUUUGAGUCUGGUAACAUUUAAGCAUCUUUAUUUUACAAAUGUAUUUCAAUACUGUUCUGCAAUUGGUGCAUGAGUGCGUGUGUCUAGAGUCUAUAUGCUGAUUUGUUGUGGUCUUUUUAGUGCUUGUAUUAAGUUUUAUCUUUAUUAUGCUUUAUUUCUGUGACCAGUACAUAUUUCACCAUAAUGGUUCCAUUUAACCCACUUACUGAAAAAUAACCUUUUGAUAUGUCCCAACCCACAAUCAGUCCUCCAUCUGCAUCCCUUUGUUUUCUUUUUAUCAGCCCCUGAAUAUUCUAUCUCUCAUGAAGAUUUUUCUCCACUUUCAUCUUCAGUUAUUCAUUGGCUGAAAUUUGUGGAGGAGAUUUGCCUACAACCACCUUGCUUAAUGUGUAAAUAAUGGCUUCAAAGUAGUUCAUACUUUUAUUUUUCUAUAUUUUGCUCUUGCAAUUUGUUCUGAGUAAUUGAAGGUGAAAAUCAGUAGCAGUUAUACAGUGGGUUCAUAAAUGUAGAUGAAGAUGGGAGCUCCAGAAGAUAAAAUGGUACUAAUAAUACACUUGUAUAAGGAAAACUUAACAUGCUGUAGUCAGUACAUUUUGGUGUUACUGCUAAUAUAUGUACUAGGUCCUUGUAGAAUCUGUUUUUGUUUAUUGUUUGUCACCAAUGGGCAAUAUUGAUAAAUUAAUAUAAUUCCAAAUAUUUUUAAUUUUAAUUUGAAAUUCUAAUUGGCAUUGAAGCUUUGUGUUCCAUAUUAAGUUUAACCAGGAUCUACUGGGAAUUAUGAACAUUUUGACAAAUUUCAUAACAUUGUUCUGGUUUAUGUGUCAAGUGUCUGUUGCUCUUGAUUCUGGCCUCCCUCAGCCAUAGCAUGGAAAGGCUUACAAUAGUGUAAAUGUAUAUUAUACUGUUCCCCACAAUACAGCAGAGAUGACUUGUCUAGAUUUCCCUUUAGUGACCUGGAAUAAUUUAAUAUCUUCAAGUAUUUUCCAUUUGGGUUGGCUGCCAGCCAAAUUGACCAAAUCAGAUUAUUAAUUUGAUGGUUAGGCUGGUUCAUAUCUGGGUUAAUUUUAUCAUUCAAGAGUUGUAUCAGUUUCUUCCUUUUGUUUAUUGCUUGGCAAUAUUUAAUUCAUGGCCCCCUCAAUGCCCCUCAAUCUUUGGGUCAUCUCCAUAAAUAUUCACUGUAAAAGUUGGUUUUCCAUUACUAUCCACACUAAUUCCUUUUUCUUCACAGAAUACCUAAUCAGUUUGACCCAUAAAUGUUGUCGAUGUUUGCAUUACAACUCUUCUUUAUUACAGAAUGUAUAAUUUUAGACUAAUUGUAAUUUUUUCAUAUUUUUCCUGAUAUUUAAAUGAGCCAUAAAAAAUAAUUUCUUAACUUUAAGAGCUACUAAAUUUUCACAGCCCAGUGGUCAAAAUAUUUGGUAUUACAUGCUAUUAUGUGACAAGACUCACCAGUUACAAAGGAACUAUAAAAUUACAUAGCAGUGCUAGCAAUUCCUUCAUUGAUACAAAACAAAUCCAGGUAUUGCCUUUUAUUUUUUAAAACUAUUAUGCCUUUUACAGCUUGACUAUGUAUGUGUCUGGCUUAGAAUCCCUCCUACAUAAAUAUUCCUUUGAAGAUCUUGUUAACUUUGAUGAUGUAAUUGCAGCAGGUACAGGAUGAUUACACCACAAGAAAGAUAUAACAAUAUCAAAGUGAACAAUAUUUUAAAUGUUGAAGUAAGACUUACUUUCUUUAAGGUGAAUUAUGGGUGCUUCCUAGGAGGUCUUUAUACUGUAGUAAAUGUUAAUCAUGUUUACAUUAGUUAUUGCUGCUCUGAAGCAAAAUGAAACAUGGUAGUUCCUUAGUUCCUGAUAUUUUCAUAUUCUUGUAUCAUCCUUCUUAGGGUUAUUAAUUCAUGAUUAUUUCUGUGGUAUAGAGCUUUUAAAUAUAUAUGCAAUUAUAUACAAAAGAAUUUGUAGAAGCAAUUUCCAGUGUUAACUGGGAACUCAUAUGCUGUACAUACCAUUGUAAUUUAAUAUUGCAUUGGAAUCCUGAGUUAAUUUCUCCACACACACA